UUCAUAUAAUUGAGACAAAUUUAUAUAACGUGUGAGAGAGAAAGAGAAGGGGAGGGUGAAAAUGAGCGUAAUGAAGAAUUUCUUGAAUGUGAUACUUAUCCUUUGUGUAUGUCUCAAUUGGUGUUUUACCGAAGGGGUGGCUGAGAAAAAAGAGAGUGGAAAGGUUGAUUCCUACACCUUUCAAGUCAGCUCUCUGUUUCCUUCAUCGUCAUCUUGUGUUCUUUCUUCAAAAGCAUCUAAUACCAAGUCGUCGCUUCGUGUGGUGCACAUGCACGGCGCGUGCUCGCAUCUUAGCAGCAACAAAGAUGCGAGUCUCGACCAUGAGGAAAUCCUCAGACACGAUCAAGCACGCGUGGAGUCAAUUCGCUCCAAACUCUCGAAGAAUAACGCAGAUGGAGUCAGCAUGACCAAGUCAACCAAGCUACCGGCUAAAAGUGGAAUCACACUCGGUUCAGGAAACUACAUCGUAACAAUCGGAAUCGGGACACCUAAGCACGAUAUAUCCCUAGCCUUCGACACCGGAAGCGAUUUGACGUGGACUCAAUGCAAGCCAUGUCUUGGAAGCUGCUAUUCACAAAAGGAACCAAUCUUUAACCCUUCUUCAUCUUCAUCUUACCACAACGUUUCGUGCUCAUCUCCAGUGUGUAAAAACGGUACUACUUGCUUGGAUUCCAACUGCGUAUACGGAAUCGUUUAUGGAGAUAAUUCGUUUACACGAGGAUUCUUCGCCAAGGAAAGAUUUACCCUAACAAACUCUGAUGUCUUGGAUAAUGUUUACUUUGGUUGCGGUGAAUACAACCAAGGACUUUUCUUCCGUACUGCUGGGAUCCUUGGCCUUGGCCGUGGGAAACUCUCACUUCCGUCGCAAACAGCAACGACCUACAACAAUAUCUUCUCCUACUGCCUACCUUCUUCCGCAAGUAACACCGGCCAUCUUACCUUUGGAUCCGCUGGAAUAGUCUCUAAAUCCGUUAAAUUCACCCCGGUUUAUUCCUUCCGAAGCUCACCCCAUUAUGGCAUCAAAAUCGUAGGUAUCAGUGUAGGCGACAAGGAACUAGAGAUUACUCCAGCCUCAUUCUCGACGAACGGUGCUAUAAUAGACUCCGGAACCGUGAUCACUCGCCUCCCUACCAAGGUCUACGCGGAACUACGGACCGUGUUUAAGGAAAAGAUGUCGAGGUACAAGGCUACGUCAGGACGCGGGAUUUUUGACACGUGUUACGAUUUUACUGGUUUGGAUACAAUGAGAAUCCCCAAGAUUGCAUUCUCCUUGGGCGGUGGCACUGUCGUAGAACUCGAUAAAAUAGGGAUGGUAUUGUAUCCGUUUACGCGGUCGCAGGUUUGUUUGGCGUUUGCAGGGGAUGAUGAUCACAUUCCCGCCAUCUUUGGAAACGUUCAGCAGAAGACGAUGGAAAUUGUGUACGACGUGGCUGGUGGACGACUCGGUUUUGCUCCUAAUGGUUGUAGCUAAGAUUAGAUUUAUGUAGUUUAAGGGUUUGGCACAUAGAUUAGAUUUAUGUAUAUAUUGAUAUAUUCGUCUUCAUCCUGACUUGGAAGUAAGUUUUUUCAGUAACGUCAAACAUGCUUCAACACAAUAUUUGCUUA